CAUGCCCAUGGUGUAGCCGCCAAGCGGAGGCAUGGCUGCCGGAAGGUUACUGCUCUAUACGGGGCUUUCGCUAGCGCUCUGCGCCCUCGGCAUGUUGGCUGUGGCCAUCUGCUCCGACCACUGGUACGAGACGGACGCCAGGAAGCACAGGGACAGGUGCAAGGCCUUCAACACCCGCCGGGUCGACCCCGGCUUCAUUUACAACAACAACAACAACUUGCCUCUGCGCGCCAGCCGCUCGCGCCUGGACCGCUGGGAGGGCAAACUCCUCCGGGCCCGGAAUCGCCGGCAGCUGUUCGCCAUGAGCCCCGCGGACGAGUGCAGCCGGCAGUACAACUCCACCAACAUGGGCCUCUGGAGGAAGUGCCACCGGCAGGGCUUCGACCCAGAGAUCGCCGCUCUCAUACGGAAAGGAGAAAUUGAGAGAUGCACGUACAUCAAGUACCACUACUCCUCAGCAACCAUCCCUAGGAACCUCACAUUCAACAUCACCAAGACCAUUCGCCAGGAUGAGUGGCAUGCCCUGCAUCUGCGUAGAAUGACAGCCGGCUUCAUGGGCAUGGCAGUGGCCAUCAUCCUCUUCGGCUGGAUCAUUGGUGUCCUGGGCUGCUGCUGGGACCGAGGCCUUAUGCAGUAUGUGGCAGGGCUUCUCUUCCUCAUGGGAGGAACCUUCUGCAUCAUUUCACUGUGUACCUGCGUGGCUGGGAUCAACUUUGAGCUAUCACGUUACCCACGCUACCUAUAUGGACUCCCGGAUGACAUCAGCCAUGGCUAUGGAUGGUCCAUGUUCUGUGCAUGGGGGGGCCUGGGCCUCACACUAAUCUCGGGAUUCUUCUGUACCUUGGCCCCCUCUGUCCAACCUGUCCCGAGGACCAACUGCCCUAAAUCCAGACCAGAGAAUGGGACAGUGUGCUAAAAAACAAACAAACAAACCCAUACCUAUAUAUAUAUAUAAAUAUAUAUAUAAUAUACAUAUAUAAAUGAAACUCAAUCAAGAUGAUGCCAGUGCCAAGGUAGAGUUGAGCUGGCUCAGGCACCUGCAUCUCACCAGACUUUGUGUUGCCUCAUGUCCAAGAUGGGAAAAGUGUCCCCAUCCUGUGGCUCUCUCAUCCGUUUCUGACUUUGGCUUCAUGAUUUCUUCAAGACAGAGUUGAAAGCCACCACAGUCGUCUUGAUCCCUGUCACUUGUAAGGAUGUGGUGGUGAGCUGGAAGGGACAGAGGCAGUGGUCUAAAGCGACACAGAAUCAGAGAAGGAAGUGCUGCACUCGGGGCCAACAGGAGAGGACACCACCACCACCCCAGCCAUCAUCUCAUGGGGGAAACUCAGUCCCUUGAGUUCAUAGAAUGUAACCACAUCCUUGAGGCCAUUUUCAGAACCACUUCUCUGCUCUUCCUGUUCUGAGCUCCUUCCCAGCCCACCAGCGACACAGCACAAGUGGAAGAGAAAACAGACUGCGAAGGAUGUUUUCUCUUUGCAGCCAAACCUUUGGACAAUGCUUUAGAGGUGGGAAGGGGAGAGAAGAUGCUGAGGGGGCAAGAUCCACAUCAACUAAUGGACAUUUCAGUGGAUGCUCAGAAAACCCAGUCUCACCUUCCAGCUGCCUUACACCCAGUUAAACAAGAGGCCACCCUGUCCUCCCCUGCCUGUGCUCUCUGGGCAGACUGGAGCCUUUGAGUAAUGCUGUGAUGUGUGUGUGUAUGUAGUAUGCGUGUGGGUGGGUGGGUGUGCACACACACGCAUGUGUGCAUGUGUGUACAGGUGUUGGGUAGUUUCCUUUUUCUUUUCCACUCUGUGAAUGGAAUUAUCAUAUUACUCUGUUGUCUCUCUCACUACUGUUGUUUUUGAUCCAUUAUAGAGGCCCCAAGAACUGGGAAUUAUCUUGAGGGGCAGGCCUUCAGGGGUGCCAGUACAGUGGCUGCAGAUCCCUGGAGAGAGACAAAAGUGAGUGUGUGUGUGUGUAUGGUGUGUGUGUCCACGCACAUGUGCAUGCACACGUGGUGGAUAUUUCAUGAGUGUGGUAUUUUAUUAUUUGUGUUGCUUUUUUUUUUUUUUUUUUUUUUUUUUUUUUUUUUUUUUUUUUGUUAUUUUGGUACAGCUGAAAUUCCCAGAGGGCAAACAAAGAACAAAACUACUGGGCCAGAGAACCUUGUGGUACCUCACAGUAUGGUUCUGGAACUCCGCAAGAUUUAGUCCACUAAUUUUUGGAAGUUCAAGACACAGCUGGGCACAAAAGUCAUAAGAGAAGAGAGGGAAACAUACAGUUCAGGAGAGAAAAGGAAUAUUGCCUCUGGUUGCUGAUGUGCGAGUAUGUAUACCAAACAAGACCUUCACUCCCCACUGUGGGGCUGUCCUUUGUCACUGGAUGUCUGUUCCUCUUCUAGGGGCAAGCCCUAUACAGAGGAAAGGAAAUGAGUCACAUGCAGAGAGAGCACCUCCAUGUCCCAUGGGCUCAAGUUUGUAUGAUAUUAUGUAAACUAAUGGAGAACUCUUGACUCUUCCCAUUCUCCUCCCUUUCCUCUUCAUCUUCAAGGCCAUGAAUCUCAAAAUAGCUAUCUAUCCUAGAGGCUAGCACCCAAACUGAGGUGCCAACCAAACUGACAAGGCCGUCCAGGUAUCUCAGGCUCACAUGAGCAAAUUUGCACUGGGUGCUGGUGAAGAAGUCAGCCAGAGCUGUGAGUGCCACAGGGCAGGAACCACUCAUGGUUACCUUGGGAACCCUGCUGGUGCCAAGUGUCCCUGGGGAGGCAAAGAGAGAAUCCUGAGCUGGCACAACCAUGGUCAGCCAUGCAGAAGGGGAGCUCAGCUGCUGCAGAACAGAUCUGCUUUGGAAACUUUGCCAAUCACUCGGCAGCCUUUCUCCCCACGUGCUCUUUCGUAGCUCCCUGUUUCCAACCUCUUCUCCUACCAGACUCCGCACCUACUAACAGCUUCCCUCCCCUCCCUCCAUCUACCAGGCUGUAGGUCCUAUUCUUCUCAUCUGCUCUUUUGAUUCCCUGCUCUGUGUGUGUGCACGUGUGCAUGUGUGUGUGUGUGUGUGUGUGUGUGUGUGUGUGUGUGUGUGUGUGUGUAACUCCUAUCAGGUGAAAUAGCUGAUGGAUUUCAAUGUGGGUAUUUCUUUGUGUGUGACACUCUGGUGCACUCUGUGUGUGUGUGUAUGUGUGUGUGCGUGUGUGGUGUCAUUGUGUACCUAUAAACAGGUGUGGAUGCAUUUCUCAAGACCCCCCUCAUAAGGGCCCUGGUCAGAUUCUACAGCAGAUCUUGCAUGUGAACACCCAGAGGGUAGACAUACCAGGUGAACAGGGGCAAGCUGGUGUCAGGAAAUGCUGCUGGCGUCCAACUGACAUUUUUUUAAAUUAAUUUAUUUACAUCAAAUGCUGCUCCCCCUCCCGGCUUUCCCUCACAGAGACCUGCCCCCAUUGAGAUUUCUAAGGAUCAUUUUAAAGACAAAGGGUAUAUUCUAUUAUAAGGGAAAUCAUUUUUUUUAACUCAGUUUUUUUUUUUUAAUUGACGAUUUUCUUUUUCUUUGAAAAGCUAGAUUUUUCUCUUAAGGUGAAAGAAAGUCUCUCGGGUUGAGAGGUCUUUUGCUUUCCUUCUGGGUGUCUUGAGCUGAGCAGGGAUAAGCAGGUAUGUAUCCAUGAACACCCACUUGGGACACUUUUCUGUGACUGAAUGCUAAUUCCAGCUGUUUUCCAGUUGCAAAAAGAUGGAGGAAGCUAAGCCAAAUGGGACAUUUUCUUAUUGACUCUAAACUUUUCUUGAGUAAACUUGCUUCAACAUACUUGUCCACAGACCUCUCAUUUAUGCUUUAUUUAUAAAAAUCCAUACUCAUCAUAAACAGAUCAUCUACUCUAUCCAGUUGUCCAAUACCAUGAUGAACUGUUAGUAAAAACUCACUGGCUUCUUUUGAAAUACAAGCAUUCCUGAAACAUUUGAUGGACUCCCAGGAAGGAGAUUAAACUCUCUGGGCUCAGCUCAUCAACUCAGCAUCCGCAGAACAGGACCUUAGAGUAACUCUUUCACUAUUACAACUGGACAGGGACAGAUACAGAUGCUGGAUUCUGAUCCUUCUUAGCAACAAAACAAGCUCAGGCACCUAAUCAGGAUGGAAGUCUCCACACUGAUAGCAGAGAGCAAUCUCUGUCCACGUGAUCUGACUCCUCUACCAUAAGGGAUUGACCACUGGUUAAAACAAGCCCCCUCUGAUGCAGUUUCUGGAGCUGUCUGGCUCUGAGGUAGCUAGGGAUUGUGUAAAGGAGAAGAAAGAGAAAUGUCUUGGUUUGUGACACUCUCUAGGUCAGACUCCACUAACUCCAACCUUUCGAGGGGACCCUGGUUCCUUUCCAGGUCCAGUUCCAAUAGCUGUGUGUAUACAAGGAAUACAGUUGCAUGCUGCAGGCUCUGUGCAAACCAACAGCAUGAGGCCACUUUCAACAGUCAUUUCUUUUGCUCCCUCCUAGACUGGAGGUUUGGGAAAGUUGGGGGUCUAACUAGGGCAAAAUACAAUUUCCUGUUCUCAUUGGGGAAUUAUAGCUCUUUUCCUACAUUCCUUCUCCCCGUGGCUUUCCUUAUGAUCCAUUUGUGACAAUUAACUUCUUAGGGAGACUAGAUAUUUCAAGCACCUCUCUCCUUGUUUGCCAUGGCCCAAGGUCUCACAAGGAGGUGUGUGGACAAACAUAAGAAAAAAAAAAUCUGUUCUAACUUUAGUCACCGGACAGCCUUUCAGCGGCCCCCUUUCUCACUUCUAGGGAUCUUGAAAGCAUAAUUAGAUAGCUCACUCCAGAGCCAGAUAAGUCUUCUUUGGCCUCAGGUCCGGGUCAGGUGGCCUGGGCCCUGACACUGUGCUGGUGUAUUCUCCCUGAGGGGAAGUUUUCUACCCAAAUGUGUCACCUUUCCUCAAUAGGAAAGGUUACCCCGAGACUUUGCAUCUCCUUAGACAUCCAUAUACAUGGUAAGAGACCUAAUUAGAAAGUACCACAGUUUUCUCCUGACUUCAGGAAGAUGUGUUAUUUAGGUCUCCAGUGCUGCCCACCUAUGUAAUAUUCAGAAUAAUAAGGUCAAAAUCAUUGCUCAGAGCAUUUGGUGUCAACUGUCUUCGGCUGGGAACAUUCAUUCACUGAUUUUCAGUCACAUAGGGGAAGAAAUAGACUCAGACACCCUCUGUGUUUGUGUGGAAUACUGGUUGCUUCUCAUAGUUAAAGAAAAUCUUCUUUUCUGGAAAUGUCUCUGCUGCUUCUGGCCUGAUAUGCCCCAGCAAACACAUCCAUCCCUCUCCAGGGAAACAUGAUGAGUCAGAAGACCUGAUUUUACAGAGAGUAACAGUAAGCCUUGCAGCUAUCUUCCAGCCUAUACAGACAUAGGAAAGGGGCAGAUUUUUUUAAAAGCAAGACCUAAGAGAAGAUACAUCCAAAUGGUUCUAGUGCCUCUCAGGGUGCUUGACUUCUGGGGUCAUGUUUACCAUCUCUCCAUCCAUGCUGAUAUGCAACAAAGCAUUUUGUUGACAUUGGUCCUAACCCUUAGACUAGUCUGUUACCAGCUAUUGAGCUUUCCACCCUGAGGAUUACAUGCUCAUUGUAGAAAACUAAGGGAAAAGCCCGAGAGACUGCUCAGGACCCCAUGGCUCUGAGGCCCCUAUCAUGGACACAGUCAUGAGGGUCAGACUUCAGAACCUCUCAAUGA